AUGCCGAACGAGACGCAGGCGACCGUGGCCGAGGCCGCGCGGCCGGCGUACGUCUACGCCGAGCGCGGGCCAGGGUGCGCCCCCACCAUGGGCGUGGCGGCCACGACGCUCACGGCAAGGUGCCCCUUUGCGUGCCUCCUCCCCGCCGAGGCGAACGAGCCACCGAGCAUGGGCUUGUCGCUUGUCAACAAGUACUUUUGCAUCUACACCGCAACCGGUCGCAUCCUCAACGCCCACAACGCGACAGCAGACCUCUCGGUCGUGUUGCAAAGCCAGGCUAACGGCGCGUACUCGACGCCGCCUGUGCUGCACCUCGCCGACGUCCCGCCCAACGUCACAGCGCUGACGCUCACGAACCUCGGCCUCGAAUCGCUGGGCCCGACGCUUGUCCAGGACAAGAUCCCGGACAGCCCGUGGUCGUCCAACGUGCUGUUGCGCUACAUGAACCUCGCCAACAACUCGAUUGCGUCCGUCGACGGCGUUGCCUUCCCGCGCAACCUCCACAUGCUAAUUCUGGCCCAGAACAAGCUCACGUCGAUGGACGGGAUCGCCGCGCCGCGCUUGUCCAUGCUGUCGGUGAGCCGCAACCCGACGCUGCCGCCGAGUGCGUUCACCCCGACGGUUGCAAGGACGCUCUCAACGCUGCGGCGACUGGUCGCGGACGAGAUGGAGUGGACGGAGAUACCGUCGUCGCUACCGAGUAGCCUGACAGAGCUCUCGCUCGCCAAGAACCGCUUGUCGCAGCUCUCGCCCCGCGCCUGGCCGCCAGCCCUGCGACACUUGAACGCGCAGUAUGCUGGGAUCACGACCGUCUACGCCAACUUUACGCCGGCCAUGCGGGUGCUAUGCCUCGGCGGCAACGCGGUCACGGCCUUUUACGCGACGUCGGCCCAGUUUGAGCUUCUCUCGGCGCUGCCGCAGCGCUCCGCGUCGGCCAACGCGCUCGAUGCGUCUCGGUGCUCGGAGGCGUCGCCGCUGCUGACGACCAUGACCACCAACACGUCGUGCACCGGGCAUGUCACGACGCGUCUCCUCUGGGACAGGUACCCCGUGUGCAUCCUGGACACAGCUCUCGACAGCCUCGUGACGUCGCCGCCGUCAUCAUCCAGCGGCGUUACGACGGCCCUCAUCGUCGUGAGUGCGCUCCUCGGCGUCAUCGCCAUCGGGCUUCUCGUGCUCUACCUCCGGUUUCGCCGGCGGCCGCGGCCAGCCCCGAAAUGGUACGAAGGCAUGGACUUGGAGAUGGACACAAAAGGCAUGCUCGGUAUGGACACGAUCGCGCUCGACCCGCCCUCUUGCACAACGACGCUGCCCGAGGCGGCGAUCGAGCGCCAGAGCAUCCUGGCGCGCGGCGGCUUUGGCAUCGUGUACCUCGCGACGCUGCAGCCGACGCCGACGCUGCCCGACGUGCUCUCGCCGACGCGCGUGGCGCUCAAGCGCCUUUUGCCGAGUCACUUGAGCGACCUGCGCUGCAUGGACGAUUUCAUGGACGAGAUCCGCUUCAGCGCGCGCCUUCGACAUGACAACAUUGUGCGUUUUUACGGCUUUAGCUACUCGACGCUCGCCGAUCUGGCGAUUGUCACCGAGUACAUGGAGAGGGGCGACCUCUGGCAGUGGCUUCGCGUGCAAAAGCUCAACGACACGCCACUCGGGUGGCAGCUGCAGAAGGACGCGACGGUGCCGCUGCGUCCGUACUCGCCGUGCAUCCUGCGGUCGCGGUCGCGGCCGCCGGCGAUCUCUAAGUUUUCCUUCUUGGUUGACAUUGUCGAGGGCCUCUUGUACCUCCACACGCGACAGCCGCCGCUCGUGCACCGCGAUUUAAAGGCCAAGAACGUGCUCUUGAGCUGCGACUUUGUGGCCAAGCUCACGGACUUUGGCGUCGCGCGCGAGACGUGCGACUACACGAUGACGGCCGAGAUCGGCACGGUCGCGUGGAUCGCGCCCGAAGUGCUCAAGGGCGUCUACUACACGGAGAAGGCCGACGUCUACUCGCUCGGCGUCCUCCUCUCGGAGAUGGACACGCUCGAGAUCCCGUACGCAGACUUGGACGCAAUCCAGACCGCCAACGGCCACUGGAACGUGAGCGCCAUCAAGGCGCGCAUCGCGAUGCUCGUCGUCUCGGGCGAGAUCCGCCCGUCCUUCUCGGCCGACGUGCCCCGGUGCAUCGCCGACGUGGCCGACCGCUGCUUGGCGUACGAGCCUACCGCCCGCCCGACCAUCCGAGACGUGUGGGCCUACUGCCAGCAGAUCCAAGGCGCCUCUAUUUAUACCGAGCCGGCGUCCCCUUGA